AUGGCGUUCCACGGGACACCUGUGGAGGUGCGGAAGAAUCAGAAAUCCACCACAUGGUACAGUGGUGAACUCAUCGACAUAAACGGAGAGGAUCGCAUCAAGGUUCGUUUCGAGGAGGACAUUUGGCCGAUCCGGGAGGUUCCCGCCUCGUCCGUCCGUCGGCUGCCCGACGACACCGGGAGCGAGGACUUCAACCCUCAAGUGGACGAGGCCGUGGAAGUCCUUCUGUCAGCGACAGACUCGAACCCCAGCGGCUGGGCUUUAGGCAAGGUGAAGACCAUCAAGAAUUCCUUUUACUUCAUCACCUUCGAUCCAACGCAGAAGGGCAAGCAGGACUUAAUCGUCGAGCGCAAAGCCCUACGGCGAACCAGCCCAGAGCAGCAGCUGGAUGUCUCCUCGAUGAUCCGCAAGCUGCUGCCCGUGGAUCCCGACCUCCACGGCUGGAUUCGGUCUCAGGAUUCUUCCGGCUGCCUCAACCACGUGCAGAACAAGUGCAACUUGCUAGUGGCAAACUGCGCGGAACCCAGAGCUACUUUCCCGGAGUCGAACGUACUCUCCAAGUGCACCUUAUGGAGGUCACGGAAGCUUGAUUAUUAUUAG